AGCAGAGCUGCCAAACAAACGCCUUGUUCCAACAACAAGCCGGGCACGGCUGGCAGCCGAGCACCACGGCAAUGUCGCGCCCUCUCCGCAUUCCCCAUCCGACCACGCCGCUGCACGUCUACCGCCAUCUCCUGCGCGAAGCGUCGUACCUGAUUCCGAUCGCGCGGCCGUUUGUCGACGAGCAGAUCAAGGCGAGGUUCCGCAAGCACCGCGACGAUGACGCCGAGAAGAGCCGGCAGCGCCUCCGGCAGGCGCACCACGAGCUCCGCGCGCUGCGGGCAGCCAAUGCCGGCGACAUGGCCCGCAUGCGCAGGGUGCUGCUGCGCGCGUUUGGCCGCGUGGGCCGCCGCCGCCGGGAGCUGAUGGCCGACCUGGUGCGCCGCGAGACGCCGGCCAACACGGAGGAGCUGGCCAAGUACGCCGCCGAGACGUCCGCCAUCGCAGCGGAGCGCAAGCUCGACUGGCUGGACAGGUGGGACGUCGACAAGCUGCGCACCUUCGCGCGCUCGCAGGUCGAGGCGAACCUGAUCAACUCGCCCAAGCCCCCCCUCACGGCCCCGCAGACCAGCCCGCAGAAGCACAUACCGGCCGAGAACUCGUGGGGCCGCCCGCUGCCGCGCAGACUUGCCCGGACAAAGCUCAAAAAGUUGUGGAAGAUGGUGGCCGACAAGUGCAUGCCGCCGCUGCCCAAGGAGGAAUGGGAGCGUCUCGGCGGCCUGGCCGAAGGGCGGCUGCAGGCGCAGGAGCAGGACCUGCGAUGGCUGCCGCCGCCCCGGCGACCCGUGGCGCAGAGUCGCUCGGGCGACGACGUGCCCGGGUCGCGGAUCUGGGAUUGGCGGUCGUACGUCGUCAAGCCGGUGGCCCGGGUGGACCGGCAGGCCAACCGGCGCAACAAGCUGCUCAGCGGCGCCGUGGACGACAACACGCCGACCGGAGACCCCGAGCCGCUCGGCUGCCACAAGUACACGGCGCGGUCGUGGCGCCGCAUGUUGGAGAGCAUCUGGCAGCUGACGGCGACCAUGGAGAAAAAGCCCCAAGGGCAGGGCUGGAAGGUGGUUUGGGGCAAGGCCAGCUUCCAGCCUACGGCAGCCAGUGCGGAAAACAUGGAGUUUUUCACCGACUUCCCGGCCGUCCAGGAGCUCCAGCCGCCACGCAAACGUCGAUCAUGAGCAACACACACACACACACACAUCUACUGCAGUAGAGAUUUGGCCAGGCGACG